AUGGAGGUUGAAGUUGGAGACCGAACUCAUGGUGUGGCUUCAACAUCAUCAAAUCAGAGAUUGCGUUUUCCACCGGGCUACCGUUUUAUGCCGACCGAUCAAGAGCUCAUUGUUGACUACUUAGCCAAAAAAGUCAACAAUGAGCCAAUUCCAGUUGCUGAGAUUAGUGAGGUCAUUCUUUACGGCUCUCCACCUUAUCUCCUCACCGGUUUAGAUUUUCAAACCUUGCAAAACCUCCCUAUUAGAGAUGCUCUAAAUAUCCAAACGGGAACCGACCAAGUCGAUCAGUUGAAGAGGCCUGGGGAUGCAACCAAGACCAAUUGGAUCAUGCACGAGUAUAAGCUCAACACUCCUUCCAAGAGCCCUAGUUGUAAUGACAAGAGGUUGGAUGAUUGGGUCCUAUGCCGGAUUUACCAAAAGCCCAAACGGUCGAAUAAGAAACAAACGGAUGCGGAUGAUCGUGUUGCGGACGAGGAAGACUUAGAGAGCCCGUUUUUCUCCGAGAACAACGAAAUCAAAGAAAUCGAGGCCCACGAAACCAAUGAGUUGGUCAUCAUGGACCAAGUGACUUUGAAUGCUAUUCAAGACAAUAGUUCGAUUUUGAUGAACAAUAGUUUUAUCAGAAACGUUGAUGGAUACCAUCAUCAUUACCAUCAUCAAGCUCCAGAUAACAUAUACAUUAAUAACCCAUACACCAUAUUUGACCACGGUGUAGCUGAUCCCAUUCCCAGUCGCGUGAGUUUGUAUGGUCAACAUGGCAGUUUAAUCAACCAUGGAAUGUUUUACGCUCCACAGUUUGUGGCAAACCAACAGCCGAAUAUUGUGGGAAAUGAUCCAAUGGGAAUAUUGUUGUUUAAUCAAUAUCGGACUAAUAGCUAUGAUUCGCUUGACGACUAUUCCUCAGAUGUCAAUGUCAACAUAAAAUUUGCCGAUGGAUGUAUAAAUGGUGACGAGGGGCACGCUCCUUAUGAUGGUGGGGUCCAAAAGCCGGAUUGCUAA